AGUCUUCGUGGUAACUUUCAGGACCGGCGGUUUGCUAACAACGCGAUCUCAGCUGACUUCUUUCACGUGAAAGAAAUGCGCCAAAAUUCCUGAGAAGCUCUCUCGUGCAGGUGAACACCGAGAUUCUUCAUCACAAAGUGUCGAUGUUUCAUUCAAGUGGUGCCUUUCUGGAUUAACUGUAGAUGCUCGAGAGUUGUACAGAGUUAUCUAUACGGUAGUUGUCCACGUAAACAGUCACACACCGGUAGUAUCGCGGUUCUCUCUCGAUAUCGCUGACUGCGGCUAUAUAAUACGUAAAUUUAGUUUCGAUAAAAACGGGAGUGUCAGUUUUCAGUGAUUGUACAAAUGCAAUCAGUACGUUGAUAACAAUUUGUUCGUUGCAAAAAAGAGCAAGCUCCUUGGAUCAGUUUGGAUGACGUUGGAGUAUAGGUGACUAUAGUCCGGCCAGCCGAGAGGCUUAGAAAGCUGAAUGGAUACUUUGACGCCGUCGCUCGCAAGAAUACGUGGAAUAUCUGCGCUAUGGCUUCUUUUGUCGCUAUUACCCGCCGCAUUUGCUUCCUACAGUAUCGGCGUGGGAAGAGCUGACAGCACGGGACCCGCCGCGGAAAUUGUAUUCAUGGGAUACGCGAAAAUGGAUCAGAAAGGAAACGGUAUUCAUCUCCGCACGUUUUCCAGGGCUUUUAUUAUUGACGAUGGCGAGGAGAGAUUCGUGUUCGUCAGUGUGGACAGUGCGAUGGUAGGCCACGACAUUCGACAAGAGGUACUGCGCAAAUUGCAAUCCCAAUUUGGCGAUUUGUAUACGGAGAGGAACGUGAUGAUUAGUGGCACUCACACACACUCGAGUCCGGGUGGUUUCAUGCUCGACAUACUGUUUGAUUUAACCACAUUCGGCUUCGUCAGAGAAUCAUUCGAUGCCAUCGUUAACGGUAUAACAAAUAGCAUCGUACGUGCCCACAACGCCGUCGUCCCAGGAAGAAUCUUUAUCGCUCACGGUCAAGUUUUAGACGCCAAUAUCAAUAGAAGUCCGCAAGCCUAUUACAACAAUCCGCAAUCAGAAAGAGAUAAAUACGAACACGAUGUGGACAAGACACUGACGCAGAUGCAAUUUAUCGGAGCCGACGAUAAACCUCUGGGCGCUAUAAAUUGGUUUGCCGUGCAUCCCACCAGCAUGAACAAUACAAAUCACUUGGUGUCCAGCGACAAUGUGGGCUACGCCUCGAUUCUCUUCGAGAAAAUGAUGAACAAAGAUGCCUUAGUUGGCAAGGGCUCGUUCGUGGCGGCUUUUGCCUCGACCAAUCUGGGCGACGUCUCGCCGAACAUACGUGGUCCGAAGUGUGAGUUCACCGGUAAAAACUGCUCCGAUCAGUACACAUGUCCCGGAAAAAAUGAAAUGUGUUUCGCCUCCGGUCCCGGCAAGGACAUAUUCGAGAGCACGAGCAUCAUCGCUCAUAAGAUUUACAAGGAGGCGGCGCGAUUGUGGGAAAAAGGCAAAGCGGCGGAAGUGGUCGGACCGGUGCGAGUGAUUCAUCGGUAUGUCAAUAUGCCAGAACAGUCUGCGGAAUUUUAUAACGAGACGACGAAAAAGAUGGAAGAGGUGCGCGGCUGCGUACCGGCCAUGGGCUACAGCUUCGCAGCUGGCACCAUAGACGGACCCGGUUCUUUCGCCUUCGAGCAGGGAACAACGACGCCAAAUCCAUUUUGGAACGCCGUGCGAAAUUUUCUGGCCGCCCCGACGGAGAACGACAUUCGCUGUCACGCCGCAAAGCCUAUUUUACUGGCCACCGGACGAAUGAGACUGCCGUAUCAGUGGCAGCCGAGAAUCAUCUCGACUCAAGUCGCCAUGAUCGGCAGCGUGUUCAUCGCCGGCGUGCCCGGCGAAUUCACGACAAUGUCCGGAAGAAGAUUGCGAGAGGCCAUCAAAACCGUCGUGAACGAUGCGUUCGACGACGAAACGUUCGUAAUAGUCGCGGGGCUUUGCAAUACGUACAGCGAUUACAUAACCACGCCCGAGGAGUAUCAAAUUCAGAGGUACGAAGGUGCAUCGACAAUAUACGGGCCGCAUACGCUUACAAUCUAUUUGAAGCAAUAUCAAGAGCUGGCACAGGCAGCCGUUCAAAAGCGGACGCUUUCGCCGGGACCGUCGCCUCCGGAGCUUCUGCAGAGUAGAUUGAUUACUCUUGUUCCUCCCGUGUUGUAUGACACCCCGAAAUGGGGCUUCAACUUCGGCGACGUGACACAACAGCCAGUUCAGAAGGUCGUAUCACCCGAUGACACGGUCACGGCGACUUUUGUUUCCGGUCAUCCACGUAACAACUUGAUGACGGAUAAUACGUUCCUAAGCGUGGAGCGAUUGGAGGACGAUGAGGUUUGGGUGUCAGUAGCGACGGACGCCGAUUGGAACACCAAAUUUGAAUGGACGAGAACGUCUGUGGUACUAGGAUCGAGUGAGGUGACCGUCACGUGGCAGGUUCCGCAGGAUGUGUUGCCGGGCACAUAUCGUCUCAGACAUAACGGAUAUUAUCGCUACAUCCUCGGUGGCGUGUAUCCUUACUACGGCGUUUCCAAUAGUUUCCAAGUGGUAGUUCCUGCACUGAAUAUCCGUAGACGUUACUAUGGAUAAUUGCUUGAUGUUUCUCUCGCGUGCCUUUCUUAGACGAUAAGAAAAUCAUUACGCUUAAUUUCUGACGACUGAGUCGAUCCCUUAUUGUAAACAAAUGUUAAUCACAAGCCGGGAAAUUUACAAAAAGAAUUAUGUAAAUUUAUACGUAAAAUAUAAAUUUGCAUAAUAUAUAUUCGCGUGUAUAUGUGGCUGAAAUUGUUCUUAUUAAUCGUGUGAUAUGUACAUUUGUUUGUUGUGUAAAUUACGCACUUUUUU